GUAGAGAACGGGAGAAUCCUACACUCGUGUAAAGUAUUCAUUGGAAGGAAGAGGGGGAAGACGCGCCGAAGUAUUCCGAAGUCGGCCGAAAGGUUUCCCCCACUCGCGUCAACGAUUCAGUCGGAGCUUCGCUUUCGUGUUUCCUCGGUUGCCUUCAUGUCAGUACGUUCUCGGCCGAUGUUAGGGGUAGUUCGUCUCUCGUUACGACGACUCGCACGUGUAUCGUUUAUGCCGCGUCGCGUAUCGUCGUGCUUGUCGAACGAGAACGAAGGAAAAUAUCUGGAGAAAUCGUGUAUCCGGUACCUUUGUGAGUCGUUGACGUUGACGGGAAUGACUUGAACGUAAGGAAGACGCGCAUUGUGUGAUCUGCUACCGUGUGCAAGCUUCGAGCUGCUCGUCGUGACACACGUUACCGUGCAUACGUUUACGGAGCUGAUUUAGUGGCGGGUCGUGUAUAUGGUGUGUACACAGAACUCCAACGGACCGAGGUUAGCCGUCUGGUGGCGGGCAACUAGGCAGAAAAAAGAUACAAAAUACGCGGAAGAAGCGUCGAGGUUUCGUGUAGAGAAGAGUGGUGAUUUCUGAACUCCGUAAUCGCAGUUAUUCCGUCUUCGUUUACCUAAUAAUGGAUUAAUUUUCGCCGGGGAAUUCACCCCGGCUGCAGCCUGGUCUGGAGCAGAACACACAGCACCGCGGCAGCACUCAGCGAUAAAUCAAGCAGCAAUUAUGUGUACAAUAAGCAAACCGACGAUAUCAGAAUGUCUCUUAUCUGGAAGAUCUUGGUUUCUAAAAUCGGAAUUGGAUACGUGGCCGGAGUAAUGCGAGGCACAGAGAAGUAAGGGGCAAGCAAUCAAGGAAAAUGGGACUCGUUCGACGGACGAAGCUGCUUCCCAGCCGAACGAUGGCUCCCCUGUUAUCACUGCUGGUGCUCGCAGUAUUGCCAAAUGCGCGAUUAGAAUCGGCGAUCAAUCCGGUGAGCAACGUGGGCUCGGUAUCGAGCGGUUCCUCGUCGUCCUCCUCCUCCUCCUCCUCCUCCUCGUCGUCGUCGAUGGUGGGCGGCGUACCUGGCAGUGGCUCGUCUUCCGGCAGCAUGGCAGGGUCCGGCAACAGCGUGGUCGGGGGCGGUGGGAGCAGCGGCGUUGGACACUCGUCCCUUGGCGGCGGCGGGGCGGGAGUGAAUGGGAACGGGCGUUGCGAGGAGAUCACGAUCCCGAUGUGUCGCGGGAUCGGGUACAACCUGACGGCGAUGCCCAACGAAUUGAAUCACGACAAUCAGGAAGAAGCCGGGCUCGAGGUGCACCAAUUCUGGCCGCUGGUCGAGAUCAAAUGUUCCCCCGACCUCAAGUUCUUCCUGUGCUCCAUGUACACGCCGAUAUGCCUGCCGGAAUACACGAAACCGCUGCCGGCUUGCAGAAGCGUGUGCGAGAGGGCGAGGGCCGGUUGCGCGCCGUUGAUGCAGCAGUACGGUUUCUCGUGGCCGGAGAGGAUGGCGUGCGAGAGAUUGCCGGCCCACGGUGACCCGGAGAAUUUGUGCAUGGAGCAGGACAAUCAUACGAGCAGCACCGGGCACGGAGGAUCCGGGAACGGAGGAGCGGCGAGCAGCGCGCCUUUGCCCGCGGCACAACCGCGCCCGACCAGGCCGUCCAAGACGACCCAACCGCCGCGGUGCAGGCCAGGGAAAAAUCAAAAAAACUGCCAGCAUCCCCCGGGGGAACGGGCGAGGGAUUGCGUGUGCCGGUGCAGGCCACCCCUCGUACCCCUGGGGGCGGGGGGCACGGUCAUUCCGGGACCGAUAAGCGGCAGCAGCACCGGAAGCAUAGGCAGCGGGGCUGGGCUGGCAGGCAUGGCCGUAAGUGGGGUCAUACCGGCGCCCCCGAUAAGCAUCGCCAGGAACAUCAUUCAGGACAUUGCAGGAGUACCGAAUUGCGCGCUCCCGUGCCACGGGGCGUUCCUCACCUCCGAAGAACGAGGGUUCGCGGCCGUGUGGCUGGCUCUGUGGAGCGGCCUGUGCGCCGCAAGCACCCUCGUGACCGUCACCACGUUUCUGAUCGACACCCAGCGCUUCAAGUAUCCUGAGAGACCGAUAGUGUUCCUGUCGGCCUGCUACUUCGCCGUCUCGAUCGGCUACCUGUCGAGGAGCGUGUUCGGCCACGAGGAGAUCGCCUGCGACGGAUCGGCGCUCAAGUCGAGGGCCCAGGGACCGGAAGCUUGCGUGGCCGUCUUCCUCAUGAUCUAUUUCUUCGGAAUGGCGUCCUCGGUGUGGUGGGUGAUCCUGGCGUUCACGUGGUUCCUGGCGGCGGGUCUGAAGUGGGGGAACGAGGCGAUCGCCUCGUACUCGCAAUACUUCCAUCUGGCGGCGUGGCUAGCGCCGGCGGUCCAAACGUUCUCGGCGUACCUGGCCGGGGGGGUAGCGGGGGAUCCGGUGGCAGGGGUCUGCACGGUGGCCCCGGACGGGGUGCGAUCGUUCAUUCUGGUUCCGUUGUUCGUGUACCUGCUGUUGGGAACGAGCUUCCUUCUGGCGGGUUUCGUGAGCCUGUUCAGAAUUCGUUCGGUGAUAAAACGUCAACCGGGGGCGAAGGCGGACAAAUUGGAGAAACUGAUGAUAAGAAUUGGCGUGUUCAGCGUUCUGUACACCCUACCAGCCGGGGUGGUGUUGGCCUGCCACAUGUACGAGACGUCGUUAAGAAACGAGUGGCUCGACUCGCUGGCGUGCCCCUGUCGGCCAAGGGCAAGACCCCUCUACUCCGUCCUGAUGCUCAAGUACUUUAUGGCGCUCGCGGUGGGUAUCACGUCAGGCGUGUGGAUAUGGAGCGGCAAGACCGUCGACUCGUGGAAACGUCUGUGGAGGCGCUUGUUCAGCGGCGGAGGCGGCGGAGGCGGUCACGGAGGCGGUGGGGCAGGUAUGGUGGCAGGCGUGACAGGCGUCAGCGGAGGUAUCGGCAGCACCAGCAUCAAGGGCGUAGUAGGGCGUGUAGGAGUGCCGUAUCCACCGGCCCCGGGGCCUGGAAGCGCUCUACUCCCCCCGGGCAGCGUGGCCAGCGCGUCCCAACAUCACCUCCAUCAUCACGUCCUCAAACAACCCCCCCUGUCGCACGUAUGACGUCACCAGUCGGCGGGAGGCGACAUGAACACCGCGGGCUGCGACCAGCAGCAGCAGCAACAGCAAUCGGUGCAACAAGAGAGGCCUUCCGCCCUUAGUAACUACGGGCCCAUUUAGCCCUUCGCCUCGGCCUCGCGCAGGCACACGCCGCACACAGCGCCCCAUACGGCGCCACACACGCCACACUCGGCGGCCACGAUAUACUCGAGGAGGUCGUUGGCAUCGACCACGGGCCCCCUCACGCCAGCGCACGGACUCGCGCCUUCGUACACCCAGGCGACCGAAGUAUGAAUCGAUCUCUGAUAACGAGUUUAUUCAUCGUUGUUACGACGUUGAAACAAAGGUAGGGAGGAAAGGGAUCGGGUAAAAAGGGAUUCGUGCGUUUCUCGGUACCUCCGCGGUGUGGCUGUUUUUACGACGCGUGUCGAACAACCUCGUCGACUCGCGACGGUGCUUCUCGAUUACCCAAUAUACGUAUUAGCCCGUACGUGUCUUUUCCGUGGGUCUCGAAUCGUCUCUUUUGUAGUUUUUACAUCAUUUUCUAACCUGUGUUUAUUUGUAGAUUAACGGGGGAUAUAUAAUCUUGUACCGAUUCGAAGGAAAUUUUUCUAUAUAUAUAUAUAUAAUUGGAACGUGAUUCGAAUUGAAGCGCGAAAAUAUCAACGUAUCAAAGUUCAAAGCGUCGACACUAGAGGGCUACGAUUCGGAAAAUGGCGCUCGAGACCGGCUGGUGUAGUGAGAUUGUGAUGUAAGUGCGUGGAUUGAAUGUAUAGUGUAAUGAGUGAGUGAAUCGCGCAAAUGGAACAGUGUGCAAGAAAAUUCUCUCUUAUUCGUAUCUAUCUGUAAUCUUUCUUACUUAUAUACCGUAGCGGAACUCGUAAAGUCCGCAUGUCCGUCUAACGUGUAUCGUCUCGUCUAUUUAUCUAACCUAGCCAUAACAGAAGUAUAGGUGUAAAACACGGACUUUCUAUAGAUGUCGUUACUUAAAGGUUACGGCGGUGGUCCGGCAUUCCAAAGUGCGUGUUUUUUUGUAAUUUCAUACAAAUUUUUUUAGUCAGAGCGAGCAAAUGUCGGUUUGUAAGAGAAGGAAGGAUCGACUGAUCAUCUCGAGCGAUGAAAGUACUCGUAACCAUGAAUACAGGCUCACCGCCGUCGAUCGUAUGAAGUGCGACGAGCAAGUGUAUAGCGCAGACGUAUAAGGGAAAGAAGAAAAAUGUGGAGAAUGAAGGUAACUGUAAAUAUUAUUCUUAGAUUUUAGAUAAAAAUGCUGUAAAUAUAAAAGAGAAGUGGAACAGAAACGAUCAUCAAAAAACGAUUUAUCGGUCGACACGAGUGUACAGACGCGAGCAUUGCGCAGUCGCGGUAAUGGCGCGUUCCUUUUUACGCAUAUAUUGUAAUUCGUAGUCCGUGGAGCUUUGAUAUUCGUUUAGUAUCUUUCGAAGAAAAUCUUUCGUCGAUGAAAGACACGAUGUAAAAAUGUGAAGAAAUCGUGUCGAAAACUUGGUGCAAUGAGUAAUGCGUAUCAAAUAACAAUACCGUAAAAAAAAGCUUCGAAGGAGCCGCUAGUCUUGCCGCGGGCGAAGGAACGCGUCAAUCGUGAAUGCGUCGAGAAGAGAGAAAAUAAAAACGUGUGCUUACGGUAUGUAUACAUACGUUAAAACAUGAUUUCGGAUGCCGAACAUGUCUUUUUUACCGCCGAACGAAAGCCCCCCCUUAACCUUUAUCCGUUAUAUAUAUAUACAUAUAUCAUAUAUAUGUAUAUAAUAUAUGUAUAUAUAUAUAUGUACACGCGUCCUGAACGUAGCUGACAAAAAAAAAACACAGAGAUUCCGAAUAAGAUUUGUUUUAUAUUUCGCAUGGUUUUCUGUCUUUAAUCGAGACUUGAAUCAUGCAUAUACGCACAGAGACAUAUACAGACCUACAUACAGAUUCACAUAUACUAUCGAUACACGCAAAUACACUGUCAUACAUGCUCGCACAUCGUCGUAGAGAAAAGAACGUGAAAAAGUUCUAUAUAUUCCGAGAUUAAAUUAUAGGUAAAACGAGGGAAAAAAUUAAGACAAAUUAAGACAUACACACCUCAAGUGUUUUUUUAUAUCCGCGCAAUAGACAAGUAGCUGUUGACAGAAUGCGAAAUCGAAUAAAUAAAUAAAUCGUUAAGUACAUAAAUAUAUAUAUGUAUAUAUACAUAUACAUAUACGAUCGUGGAAGCAUAUACGAGAUUUCAUUACGAAGACGUGCGUGCUUCUGCGAUGCGAUAUCAUCGAUAUUUCACAAUUUUUCUAAUCGUUGGAGGAAAAAGGGGAGGACUAGAAAGAGAAAUACAAUUCCCGAGACCGCAUCUCGUGUUUCAUUUCUAUUCUGUUCCUUUUCACGGGACAUUUCAAAAGUGUGACUGUGUGAGAUGAAGAAUUCUUUCAACACUAGCAAGAGUGAAACAUCUCGGUUAUGUACUUUUUCUAUUUCCACUUCGAUGCUUGCCUUUUUUAACAGUUGUUGGAAUUUUGCGAUCGACCCGCGAGAUGUCUCGUGAGUGGUGCAGGUGGGAACGUGAGUGCACGCGGAAAAAAAACAAGAAAGAUAUGUGUAUAAGAAAUGAAAAGGAACGGAAAGAAACAAAAGGACUGAAAAACGAUAACUGCCUCAAGCAACUUAAAAAAAAAAAAAAAUAAUAAUAAUAAUAAAAUCACAAUCCGUAUCGCAAUCCGAACGGGUUACCCCUGCCAAACGAAAACGUACACGUGUAAUGUUGUAAAGUAGUGAGAGUAAAGAACCUUUAGUGUCACAUAUCACGCCAAGCUGUUACGAGCGAAAACGGACAAUGUCGCGUUCGUGAACGAUCAGUGACGUUGGAAAGAGUGAGAAAGAAUAAUGCGAUGGAAUGGGAUGAAAUGAGAUUGUUGUGAUGGUAGUAGUGGGAAGAGAGGAAAAAAGGCGGGAGAACGAGACAGAGGGGAAAGAAAAAGUGAAAGAGUGCGCUGCUAUCGCAAUGGCAGAACGAUUGAUGCGACGAAAAGAACGAACGCGACGUUAGAAAAACGAGAGAAAGGAGUUUAUAACGAGUAUUUGUAAGCCACUUUUUGUCACGAUGAUUGUCAAUAAAAUGGAAAAUACUGUGUGUAACGAGUGUGUUCCGGAAUUUCAUCCAUCAAAUUGGUUCACGAGGUAUGAUUCUUUUAUCUUUUUUUUUUAUUCUUCUUCAAAUUUUUAUAGCAAGGAAAAGAUUAUAUUUGGAAUUUCGAAAUAGUCGUAUCUCCCUCUAUUUUUCUUUUGUACGUUUUCCUCGCUCAGCUUUUAUAUUCUUUUUUGUCGAAAAUAUAUGAAUUCUCUUGUUUGAUUCGAUUCUACGUUCGACCGCCAUUUUUGUACAAGUUUUUUAUGUUGCCAUAGUAAUUAACCGACGACCGAUGAUCAUAUCGUUAUACAUAUGCAUAUAUUGAAAUCAAAAUUGUAUACGAUUUUUAAUAUACUUUAUUAUUAUUUAA